ACAGAAGGACAUAAUCAGCGCGGUAAGUUUGCAGAACCUUACAGCCUGUCUCGGCCAGCAGGGAGCUCGCUUCUUUCAGCUUUUCUGAGGUUGCAAAGUCCACUGUCACCAUGUCUGACACAGAGGAAGUUGAACAGGUCGAGGCUGUAGAAGAGGAGGUAGUAGAGGAAGUAGAGGUGGCCCCUGAGGCGGCCCCAGAGCCAGAGGCAGAACCAGAACCAGAGCCAGAGCCAGAACCAGAACCAGAACCAGUGGUAGAACCAGAGCCUGAGCCUGAGCCUGAGCCUGAAGAGGCUGUUGAAGAGGAAGAGGAGAAGCCAAAGUUCAAGCCCAGCGCUCCAAAGAUCCCAGAUGGUGAGAAAGUGGACUUUGAUGACAUCCAGAAGAAACGUCAGAACAAGGAUCUGAUCGAGCUGCAGGCCCUCAUCGAUGCUCACUUUGAGUGCAGGAAGAAGGAGGAGGAGGAGCUGAUUGCUCUCAAGGAGAGGAUUGAGAAGCGUCGUGCUGAGAGGGCCGAGCAGCAGAGGGUUCGCGCUGAGAAGGAAAAGGAGCGCCAGGCCAGACGUGAGGAGGAGAGGCGGAUCAAGGAGGAGGCUGAUGCCAAGAAGAAGGCAGAUGAGGAGGCCAAGAAGAAGUCGGCUCUGUCCAGCAUGGGCUCCAACUACAGCAGUCACCUGCAGAGAGCUGACCAGAAGAGAGGAGGAAAGAAAGAGACUGAGAGAGAGAAGAAGAAGAAGAUCCUGGCCGCCAGGCGCAAGCAGCUCAACAUCGACCAUCUGAACGAGGACAAGCUGAAGGAUAAGAUCAAUGAGCUUCAUGAAUGGAUGUGCCAGCUGGAGUCUGAGAAGUUCGACCACAUGGAGAGACUGAAGAGGCAGAAGUAUGAGGUUACAACCCUGCGUAAGAGAGUGGAGGAGCUCAGUAAAUUCAGCAAGAAGGGAGCCGCCGCCCGCCGCAGAAAGUAGACUGGCAGGCCUCGCCGCUGCUCAGAAACCAAACUGCAAUCGUCUCGGACACACGCCUGAUGAAGCAACGCCCACUGUGGCGAAGGUCGUAGCUCAGAAGAAGCAAUUAACGCUGAGGUUUACCCUGCGGUUUCCAACCCACAUCCUGAUACAUGCAACCAGGAGCCUUUAGCUGCUGUUCAAUAGGAAUAAAAACUACUAAAACUGAUUCGCCAUCACGCUUCCUCACCCUCGACUGUUUGGUUCUCAGUAUUUUUGUAAAUAAAGUGUGACUCUUCAA